AGACCAGCACAAGCUGUUAUAAAGAAAGGCAGUGGUGUGCGGGGCGGGGCUUACACCGAAAUCACAUAUUUGGAAGGGUGGGGGACAAACCACGCAAUUUAGGAUGCUCAGUCAACAGUUCUAAAGCUGCAAAAACAACUUGAGAAGUGGAACCUAGGGGCGGACAAGGAGGGGAGGAAGGGUCCAACUCUCUUCGUAAUAUUGAUCCGCGGCGAGGGCCAUUCUCGUCUCUUUCCCAUUCUACUAAUCCCCUGUCUUCUGCUGCACCGAAAGAACACGAGCACCUGAAGGUAGUUGGAGUCCCCUAGAAAUGGAUAAAUUCGUCAUUCGAACACCCAGAAUCCAGAAUAGUCCUCAGAAGAAAGAUCCUGGAGGAAAGAUUUACAAGCAGGCCACCAUUGAAUCCCUGAAGAGAGUUGUGGUUAUAGAAGACAUAAAAAGAUGGAAAACUAUGUUGGAGCUUCCUGAUCAAAGCAAAGAGAAUCUAGUCGAAGCCUUACGAGAAUUAAAGAAGAAAAUACCUUCCAGAGAAGUGUUAAAGUCAACAAAGAUAGGUCAUACUGUGAACAAGAUGCGUCAACACUCAGAUUCAGAAGUGGCUUGUCUUGCCAGAGAAGUUUACACUGAGUGGAGAACUUUCAUAGAAAAACAUGUCAAUAGACCUUCCAUAGAAGUCCGAAGUGAUGCCAAAACUGAGACAUUUAGGAAAAAUGCCCAGAAAUUACUCUCAGAAGCCUUGGAAUUAGAGAUGGAUCACCUACUGGUUGAAAAUAUUGAACGGGAAACGUUUCAUCUCUGCUCCCGCCUCAUUAGUGGGCCAUACCGGCGGACGGUGAGAGCCCUGGUCUUCACAUUAAAGCACCGAGCUGAAAUCCGGGAGCAGGUGAAGAGCGGCCUGCUGCCAGUCGGCACGUUUGUACAGACCCACAAAAAGUGACCUGAGGGUGGUUCCAGCACUGGGCUGGGCAGAAAGGAAAGUGGGCCUCUCUCUGCCAUUCAAAGACUCUUUUGAGUUUGGGUGAUGGUUGGUGCUGGCUGUGCUAAAUUCCCCACGGUGCCAUUCCUUCAGACAGAGGAUGCAGAGCCCUGGAGGCAGGCCUGCAGGAAAUGCCGCAUUAGCUGGAGUGCACUGGGGCUGCCCAACAGGACGAGUGCUCGCUGCCACUAGGAAGCGCAGCACGGUUGCCAUCACCCAACGCAGUGAAAGGGUGACGGAUUUCACUGUGCGUGUGCCAAGGACACCUCUAAACUUCCCCCGCGUCAGGCGGAUGAAGUUACUGCUUUAUUUCACCACCCUGCAGGUAACUGAAACUCAAUUACCGCUGCUGCUCACUCGGUUCCAUCCCCCCGAGUUUAGAUAGCGCCAGUGCCUCUCAGAACUCCCCCGUCUGUUCUCUUUGCGCUGCCCCAGGGGUGAGCCUGCUGGAGCCCGCCAGCUACCCCUUCUUUGCAGAACUGACUUAUCUGAACGUUUCAGCUCUCCCUGGAAGACCUUCCACGCGCUGGUCUCCAGAGCCCCCAUGCUGGGGUUUCUAAUGAGGAGCUGGCCUGAAGCAUGCCCACUCCUUGGAGUUUAUUUGAAUAUGCUCGCUGCCUCGGUUUAGGGCUCUGUAGAAGAUACCUAAUGGAAUUGCUCUUGAAAUGAAUUACUGUAAGUGAAAAAUUAUAUACAUAUGUUUUUUAAAACAAAAUACCUGUAUAUAGGCUUGCUUAAACAAUUAUGGAACUGAUACUUGCUUUUUUAAAAAAAAUAAUAAACUGUGGCUUUUUUCCCCUAAAA